CUUUAUUGUGAAUACUACUCAGUAUUAGUGAACAACGUGGAUUGACGAAGUGACAUACUGAUGCACAGAGUGCAGUAUUCACCCAAACAUUCAGCAGGCCCAUGAUGGAAUUGUCCGGCUGUGAAUAUGCAUCCAGACCUUCCACCCAAGAGAUUUGCAGAAAGAGAGCAAAGAACACAAGAAUAUAUGACGUCACCCACUGCAGCCCUAAUGUAGACCCUCAUCGCAACGAUAAAGACAAGCUUCAGCGCCCAGCUCCAUCACCUUCCGCUAGAAACCACUCAGACGAAAUCCCAUCACACCGGCAACUGGACCCAGCUCAUGCCCAUACACCACCCAAACACAAUACAGCCCGCUUGGGAUACCUCGGUUCGAACCAUCGUGCUGGGAGUCGGGAUGCCGAAAGGCACAGCCGACGGAGGGUGGGCCGGCCCUUCAGUGGGGCGGUGGCAGCCAAUGCGACUGCAUUCUUGACUCGCUGCUCCGCUUAGUGCUUGACGAAAUGUCAGAAACUGAUUCUGCACGCAUGGUCUGACCGGGAAUCACAGCAGAAAUGAUAGAAGCAAGAUCCCCCCGGGGUGGGUUGAACCACUUAUCAUCGUAACGCAAGAUGAAAGAAUUUUCUUCUUUCCGAUAGCACCAUCGGGUCAAGGAUCCUCGU